AUGGUGUUGGCCGCUGUACUUUCCAUGCUACGCUAUGUAGCAGGUAGCGAUGACCGUGAUUUUGUCGAUAGACUUCACUCGUAUUUUACAUGUAAUUUGUUAAUUGGGUUAUCAGUACUAGUAUCCUUUAAGCAAUUCGGUGGAAAACCGGUGGAAUGUCUGGUACCCGAUAUCUUCAGUAGCAGUUGGGAACAAUACGCGGAGAACUAUUGCUGGGCCAGUGACACGUAUUAUGUGCCAACGAAUGAGCCGGUCGCAGGGCUCCAUAUCGAUGAAAAGAGACAGAGGAAGAUUAGUUAUUAUCAGUGGGUGCCGUUUUUCUUGUUGCUCGAGGCUGCCUGUUUUCGAUUACCCAGUUUGCUAUGGAAGUAUUUGGCGGGGCACUCUGGCAUCAAAAUCAACGAGAUCGUAAAACUCUCCUCCGACCCGAACAACAUCAAACCCGACAUCAAACGAGCCAACAUCAAAUCCCUAACCGUCCAUCUCCAAGGAGCCCUCCGAUUUCACCGUCGUCUCCAGAAGAAACAAAUCCGACCGCAUCGUUUUCUAUGGCUAUUCAAUUUACCGUACUCUGCGUUCUUCGUCACUUCCAUGUACCUCUGCACCAAGUUCUUCUACCUUGCGAAUGUCUGUCUCCAACUUUUAUUUAUGAAUCGCUUCCUGGAGACCGAUAAGUACAAAUGGUACGGGUUGGGUGCUCUCGUGGAUUUAUUGAAUGGCACCACUUGGGAGCAAUCCGGAAUGUUCCCUCGUGUAUCAUUAUGUGAUUUCGAUGUACGCGUUAUGGGAAACAUGCAAGAGCAUACGAUUCAAUGCGUGCUGGUCAUUAAUAUAUUUAAUGAGAAGAUAUUCAUAUUGCUUUGGUUCUGGUACCUGGCUCUUCUAAUUUUCACCUUUGGAUCUUUCUUCUACUGGUUGAUUGUCUCAUUAUGGGGACACUUAAACCAGCGGUUUAUAAUAAGGCACCUGGAAAUGAGUGACAUCCAAUUUGACUCUUCAGAAGACGGUGCCCCGGAGAAAGUGACAAGAUUCAUUGAUAACUAUUUGAAAAGUGACGGUGUCUUUGUGAUACGAAUGAUGACGUUACAAUCUGGAGUGAUAUUCGGCACCGAUUUGGUUCAAGAGCUCUGGCGGAAUUUCCACGGAACAGAACCCCAAUUAAAACGAAGUAACUCUGCGCCUCGAAUCGAGGAACGGGAGCAAUGGUGGCCAGCUCCCCCUUUAGUGAAUCCAAUCAACCCGUGGAGAUAUCGAGACGAGAAUCAGGCGAACGCGUUGAGAUGGCGACGGGCUCUCGGAGCAAACGUUGAUAACACCAUUGCGACGCAGGAUUUGAUGGAGAAGUUGUUGCCGCAGAAUGCGCAUUUGAGACCGUCCGACGAUGAGUUGUUAAGACGUUAUCCGAUUGCCGUGAAAGCGUCCUACAUCGACGACGACCAGGAGAGUCAGAAGACGUCAACGGAGCAGAAGAAUCAGAAUUCUGGUCCGCCUCCUCAACAGCCACCGUCUAAUCAAUAUUCCACUUAUUAUCGAUCCCCCAGUUUUUCAAAACCCCCGGAUAGCCGCCCGGUCUCCACGGCCACAGAAAAUAACGACACCGCUAAGAAACCCCCGAUGAGCACGUUUAAGUAA